AUGAGACCACCUCUGGGUCUUGAAAACUCCAUUGCUCCUGGCAAGGUUCUACGGUUGAGGAAAGCCAUAUAUGGGUUGAAGCAAUCCCCACAGGCUUGGUAUCACAAACUGAGUCUCACUCUUUGGGAUCAAGGCUUUCGCCGAUCCGAGGCAGACCAUUAUUUACCCACAAGUCUCCUAAGGGCAUUGUGGUUGUUGUUCUCUAUGUUGAUAUUGAUCAUCUCGGGAGACAAUAGGGCAGGUAUUGAAUGUAUAAAAUCAUCUCUCAAAUCUACUCUAGACAUCAAGGACCUAAGAGAACUUAAGUAUUUCUUGGGUAUUGAGGUUUGUAGAUGUGCUGAUGGCAUUCUCCUAUCCCAAACAAAAUAUGUGAUUGAUCUUUUGAAUGAGACAGGUCUCAUGGAGGCUAAGCCAGCUAAGACUCCCCUUGAAGAUGGCUACAAUGUCAAUCGAGAGGGGGAGAAGGAAGAUGAGCCAUUUGAAGACUCGGGCCUAUACCGCAAGCUCGUAAGCCAACAAAUGAAGGCUCCUACCAAGUAUCACUGGACCAUGGUGGAGAGGAUCCUCAGAUACCUCAGGGGGAGUUUGGAUCGUGGCGUAUGGAUGGGCAAGAAUGCAAGCACAGAGAUUGUUGCAUAUUACGGUGCAGACUGGGCCGGAGAUAGGGUGGACAGACGAUCCACAACCGGCUAUUGCACCUUCAUAGGAGGCAACAUGGUCACCUGGAAAACCAAGAAGCAAAAAGUGGUGGCAUGCUCAACCGCUGAAACUGAAUAUCGAGCAAUGAGAAAGCUCACCAAUAAGCUUACUUGGUUGAAGGGACUCCUUGCUGACCUUGAUAUUGAUCAGCUCGGAAACUUCUCCAAUGCCCUUGUAGUGACCCUCACUACGGGAUAA